CUGUCUCUGCACACACUCGGCGAGGCUCAGAGUCUCUCUCUUUACUUUGCUCUCUCUCUCUCCCAUCACUUUCCCCCACAGUGCUAACCCACAGCUCUAAUGUUCCCAUCCCGUAUUUGCCGAUGUCUUCUGCUCCCAAAACUCCAACCCAGUUUAAGUAAUUGAUGGAGUGGAGGAAGGAGACGUUGACUCAAUAGAGGAGCAGCUGUCAGCAACAGAGUUGCAAUAAAGAAAAUCGCCCGAGGGGACUGGAACAGACGGAGAUCAGCGGAGACAGGCGAAGGCGAGGAAAAGGGAAGACUGCUUCAGGUUACCGAGUCGCGAUGGAGGCGCACGGCGUGUGCGAUUAGGGAGCACCGCUUGUGGAAGCGCUCGCUUUGUUGAGGUGGAUUACAAAGUGAGCAACAUUCAGAACUGACCAGGGCCGCCUUUGUCUAUUUCACUUGACGGAUUAGAACCAUGAACGUGUCGCCCCCAGACCGCAGGAAAAACAUGCGAGAACUGGCUUUGGAGAUUGGCAUCCGAGUUCUGCUUUUCGGAGUUUUUGUAUUUACAGAGUUUCUGGAGCCCUUUGAGAGAGUGAUUCAACCAGAGGAGCUUUGGCUCUACAAGAACCCUCUAGUUGAGUCAGACCACAUUCCCAAGAGGGUCAUGUUCGCAAUUUCAUUCCUUACCCCAUUGGCGGUGAUAUUUGUGGUGAAGAUAAUUCAGAGGACGGACAAGACAGAGAUCAAAGAGGCAUGUUUAGCUGUGUCCCUGGCUCUCGCCCUGAAUGGAGUCUUCACAAAUACUAUCAAGUUGAUUGUUGGCAGACCAAGGCCCGAUUAUUUCCAGCGUUGUUUCCCAGAUGGACAAGUAAAUGCGAAGAUGCUGUGCACCGGGGAGCCAGAUCUAGUCUCUGAGGGACGCAAGAGCUUCCCCAGCAGCCAUUCCUCCUUUGCAUUCUCUGGUCUUGGCUUCACCUCCUUCUACCUGGCGGGGAAGCUGCAGUGUUUUACGGAUCAGGGUCGGGGGCGUAGCUGGCGUCUCUGUGCCAUGGUGCUGCCUCUCUACAGUGCUAUGAUGAUUGCAUUGUCCCGGACCUGCGACUACAAACACCACUGGCAAGACGCCUUUGUUGGAGGAGUGAUCGGAUUGCUGUUUGCGUACAUCUGCUAUCGCCAGCACUACCCACCCUUUCUGCACAUGGAUUGCCACCUGCCUUAUGCCAGUCUGGCUGCUGCCGCCCACAUGCCCUCGCAUCCCCAGGACGACCCGCAGCCCACUGACAAUGCCACCACCCUUCCCCUGGAAGGCUUGACUGAAGGGCCAGUAUGACUAGUGGCCACCACCGAGACUCCCCCCAACACCCUUACCAAGCCAUUGAGCCCACCUCCCCAUUCCUAGUGACUGACUGGCACUUGUAUACAUUCCAGUGGACAGUAUUACACCUCACCCAUCUCCAUACUGUUACACCCUGUCUUGGUGACACCUACAUUCUUUUGUGUUUAUUUUUUUAUAUCUGGUUCUUGCUCAGCAGCCGUGAAAGUCUAUAUUUAGAUGUGAUGUAUGAGAGGAACCUAUGAAUAUGGGGCAUCACCGCUGAGAGGGAAGAUAGAAAAACAUGUUGAAAACCUGAGGAAACAAGUCUCACAAAUGGCUGUGAAGGAAGAUGAAAAUAUCGCCAGUUUUGCUGGAAUUUUUUUGCUUAAUGAGAAAUGUGGACGGCAGGUUGUUUUAUGCUGGAGUAUAUUUAAUGUUUGGCUGUUAAAGGAUUGGGACAGUAAGUUGGGGAGAUCCUGAGAAAAUCCCAUGAAAUGUCACAGCAAUCAAAUCAUUAAAUCAAACCAGUUGAACUAUUAGAAUAUUGUAUGUUAUAUUUCACACUUAAAAACAAAUGAUGGGGUUUGAUAGCAACUAGUGCCAGAAAGCCAAUGAAAUUUUGUGUGUUUCAGUUCAGACUUUUAGAUGCACUUUCAGAGGGCACCAAUGUGUUGGAUUAAAACUCAUGGACUUGGGGCACUUCUCAAGAUUCAUACCUCCUCUACUUUUAAUAAUUUUUGGUUGUUCAUUGUCAAGGACAAUAUUCAGUGUUUCCCAACCUUACUCUCCUACAUUCACCCAUUUUUUAUUAUUUCAUUUCUCCCCAUUCUCUUGGGCUUGUAUAAUGUUCCAGUGCAAUCCUGCAUAUCACCCCUUCCCCAUUUCUCUUCCUCUCCCUGUCACCAUCCAACUAUUUUUCACAAGCCCUGCAGUUAACACAUGUUCCCAGAGGUUGCACGAGGACAUGGACCCAAAUUGUAGCUCAGUGAGUGCAAUCAAUAACAGGCAGGUGGGAAUGGCGUGGUGGAAGUGUGUCUGGACAGUCACAAACUCCAAUCUGAUCCUGCAUUAAUCCUCAUUAAGGGAGGUCAGCCACUGCUGCUUAUGAGCACAUUAGGACUCUAUGAGGUGCCCCACGGACUGCCCAAGCAUUUCAGAUGGCUUUCAGCCCACUGUAGCCCCACAAAUAGACAAUCUAGCACUCAGGAGAUGACAUGCCUGAACCCGGGACAGCGAUUAUUCAUCCAUUAAUGUUCCAUUAUUUAUUUAUAUUUCCAGCCUUAAUUUAGGGACAACACGUUGAAACGAAGAAGACACUAAAGAUUUGUAGCUUUUUUUCUGCUUGGGUUGUAUACACCCUGUGAUGCUUUAUUAACAGAGAUGACACAUAGCCAGAUUACUGGUUCCCUAUCAUCAUCAAAGCAAUUUGUAGCCUCUUACAAGUUUUGUUGGAAAUUAUGGAUAAUUUUGUUGCCUUGGUUACUAUGUCUUUUUUGCCAUUGCUGUGACAUUAAUGGGAAGGUGCAAUCUUGGUUUGCCUCUAACCCAACCAAGCUACACAGAAAGGCAAAGAUUAUAUAUUUGCACCAAACAGUGAAGAGUGAAAAACAGGAGAUAGCAAAUCAAAUCAACAGCAUGAUAUGAAAUGAGCAGCAAGCCAAAUGUAUAAGGUUAUUUAGUAAUUUAUGUCAGUAUGUUAGUCAAGCCUAUUUGUACAUUUGCCUGUCUCCACUGUCAAAAGACCACACAUUCUUUUGAAGAAAGCAACAGUUAAAACAGCCGCACCUUCAACUGCUGUUCGCUUAAUUAUGGACACAAUUUGGCUUGUUUCGCAGAAAUAGACAAGGAAAACAUCUCUCUCUUUAAAAUUAUUUUAAACAUCAUUUACUCAAAUAAGCCACAAAUAAGCCUCUAUCACUAAUGCAACCCAUUGGCAGCUUCUUAAAACUGUGUGUGUGCGUGCAGGUUUUGACAAGGCCUAUCCCACACUGAUGCAAUACAAAAUGAACAAAAUGAAACUUUACAAAUAACAAACUUUUCACCAGAGGGCAAAAGGUGCUUGACUCUGCACAUCAGAUUCUGUGAUGGGACUUGACGAGACUCUGAGAGUUAACUGGAGAGAAACUUGUAACCUUCUUGCUGCUUCCACAGAGUUUUUCAGCGCAGGCCUGGAGAUCUGUGACAGUGAGAUUUUGACAUCUUGAGGCAGUUUUGGGGAUAACAUGAUUGUGACACAGAUUCAUUAUGUUCUAUAGACCUGCUUGUCAGCCUGAUGUUUGUACAUUGUCAUUUAGUUUUCUCCUAUUAGAUGGUACAGUGUAUAUUGGAAAAAAAAUGUUGUUCAGAAGUCAUGUCUGUAAGAGUAUUUUCGCUAAAUCUGCAAAGGACUUAAGUUUCCCACUUUCCUUCAACUCAUUCCAUGAUUUGUUUUAAUUUGGUGCUAUAGAUAGUUUUGUAGCAGUAGGUGUCACUUUUCACAGUGGAUGUGUCAUUUUGAAAUUAAAGUUCAAUAAUUUUCUACUGAGAAAGAAAAAAAAUUAUUAUAAUACAUAUUUCUUUUUUUCAAAUCAGUUGCACAGGGCAGCCAGUGCUUGAUACUCGCUUGAAUCAUUUUAUCUUCCCAAGGACUGAUGGGAUAAAAGUAUAGAAAAAAAAUUAAAGAAUAAUGAAAUUAUUAUCAAGUAUAGUGAAUAGAUGUCUGAAGAAAAAAAGAGUGUAAGAUUUAAGAAUCUUUGUUCAUGGCAUGCCAGUUCCAUUUGUGAAAGACUGUUUUCUAUGAAUAAGCAUGUCUGGCCUUGACAACUCUUUGAGCUGUGUUUUGCUGUUUAUAUACUUUAUGUACAAUAAAGGACUGCACCUGUGUGAAAUUUAUCCCUGAAGAAAACAAGCAGCCUAAUGUACCUUGUCAAAGUGUGAUCGUUGCAGCUUACAUUUGUUGCUGUAAUGGGAACAUGGAAUCAACACAUCAUUGGUCACAAAUCAAGGUUUGAACAAUCUGACAUUAUGCGGCAGCAGACGUUUGAAUAAACUAUAUACCGAGUUCAGUUCAAUGAAUUUAUGCUUCAACGGACCUGCUGUCAGAUUGCACAGUGCUACUGAGGCAGUUGAAUGUGUGUGUGUGAAUGUAACUCUGUUCUAAGUGUGUUGUGCUUUUCUGCAUCAGUUGUGUUGCACUCUUGUGUAGGGAGUUUCCAAUAAACGUGUGUGUGCUUAA